AUGCAAAUCUGCGCGCCCCGCACCCGCCUCCUCAUUGGCCCGCACAUCCGCCACCGAGACGCAGGCACAUUCGCCCCUUCCACCUGUUUCCACUGUACACGUGCGCCCUUCUUAUGGAUCGCGUCCUGUGCUCAUCUCCUCCGACACCAAAAAACCGACGCCGGGCACCAUCAGCAAGGGGCGCCGUGGUGGACACGUUGUUCCCCCCGCUUUGUGCCCCUUUCUCUACAGUACUUAACGAACCACCCCCACACCACCCCUCCGUCCCCGCUAUCCCCUUCACCCGCCCCCCCUCCUCUGCCACACCCUCCCCUCCCCACUCAGCGCAACGCACCCCCGCACCACCCUCUCGUACUAUGUUGUUUUCCUCAGCCGCCGUCUGCCGCCGGAAGCCCGUCUCGCGCGUCUCGCGCCCACCACCUCGCCUCGUCGUCGCCACCCUGGUUCCCCCACUCGUCCCCGUCUCUGCCUUUGCUACCCGCUUCAUAUCUCUGCUUGGCACAGUCCUCACCGCCUGCCCUGAGUCGCUGUCGUGCGUCGUCGCCCCUUUGGUCCUCGGCUCGGCUCUCGUAUACUCCGGCUUUCAGAACUAUGCCGUUAAGAAGACCCACGCCGCUGUCCCUUCCCCCGUCGUUCGCCAAAAGGCUAAGCUCGUCGCGUCCGAAGCCUCAGUUCGCCGCGCUCAAUGACGCACCGUGUUUUCGCCAUCCGGUCGUCAAGACAUUUCUUGUGUCACUACGUACUACAAACUACUAGUUUUUUCUACCACCGAGUUAACUGCCGCUGCAAGCGCCUGCGCACCGAAAGGUUACGCGCGGCGAGUCUUGUCUGUAAAUUAUGACUACUAAUG